UUUAAAUUGACUGGUUUUGGUGUCUGAAGUUUGUUGGUGCAAUUCAAGGAAAAUGGACGGACAGGAAUAUGGAGAUUUACAUGAGUUCACAUUCAGAAAGGUGCUUUUUGGAACAAAAGGGGUGAACUAUCCAGUAAGCAAUUAAAUCUUUGUUGGUAGCGUACGUUACCAUGCCUGAGCCGGCAAAAUCCGCUCCGGCUCCCAAGAAGGGCUCAAAGAAAGCCGUCACCAAAGCCCAGAAGAAGGACGGCAAGAAGCGCAAGCGCAGCCGCAAGGAGAGCUAUUCCAUCUACGUGUACAAGGUGCUGAAGCAGGUCCACCCCGACACCGGCAUCUCGUCCAAGGCCAUGGGCAUCAUGAACUCCUUCGUCAACGACAUCUUUGAGCGCAUCGCCGGCGAGGCGUCCCGCCUGGCGCAUUACAACAAGCGCUCGACCAUCACGUCCCGCGAGAUCCAGACGGCCGUGCGCCUGCUGCUGCCGGGCGAGCUGGCCAAGCACGCCGUGUCCGAGGGCACCAAGGCCGUCACCAAGUACACCAGCUCCAAGAGAGACCAGGGUCGGACAUCGGCGGUGUUUGGCCCCUCUGGACACCGGUCUGCGGAAGGAGAGGCCACCCUGACGGUAUUCCGGGGCUAGGCCACCCUGACGGUAUUCCGGGGCUCCAGGUAGGGCGGUCCCGGUCGGGCCCUAUUGCCGAUCAACCGACCCACAGGAGUUUAUCAGGGAAGCCUCUAGAGGUAAGAAUCGAAUGAUUCUUAGUGCACUGUGAGUAGGUAAGAGGAAGCUGGACAUGGCACAGGUUCCUCCUACCUAGAGCUUCUUCAGGACAGCGAGCAGGCUCAACUGGGUUGGAGUCCUCAGAAGAGCAGCUCCCUGGGCGGGGUCCGAAUCCAUUCAGCCCCAGAGGUUUAUAUGGCCAAAGUUUGUUUUUUUGUCUGUUUAUUGUUGUUUGUCUGUCUGCUUGCUCUGUGUGCCUUUUGCAUUUUCACAGGCUAAAAUUAUGGGUUCCUCACUGUCCACGGAAGGAACUCCAAUUGAUUGUGUUUUGAAUAACUUCAAAAAAAUUUAUUCCACAGACAGAGAAGAUGAAUAUGGCCUGAAAUUUUCUAAAGGCAAACGGCGAACUCUGUGUCAAUCAGAAUGGCCAAGUUUUGGAGUCAGUUGGCCCCCGGUGGGAACUUAUUCUGUGCACAUUGCUCACAAGGUUUGGAAUGUGGUCAUGGGAGUCGGGGCCCCACAGGUCCCGAUCGACCUUGGGCACUCAAUCCAGACAGGACUACGGUCCAUCAGCCCCGUCUUCCUCCUCCCUUUUUCCUUUAAAAUAGACAGAGCCCGGGGGAGGAUUGAUUUAUGUCCCUUUUACAACUAGUGAUCUUCACAAUUGGAAACAUCAAAAUCCAUCCCCCCUUCUCUGAAAAACCUCAGGCAUUAAUCUCUUCUUGAGUCUGUUUUUCAUACCCAUCAGCCAACCUGGGAUGAUGCUUUUACAGAUCCUGUUCACCACUGAGGAACGGACCGCAUUUAUCAACAGUCAAAGAGGCCCUGGGGCCAAACCCCAGCGUCACUCCCAGAACUCGGGGGAAUUCAGCCAAGGCUGAAACAGUAGUUCUGUGGUGACACCCUGAAUGGGACCCCAAUGAUGAUGACAGUAAGAGGAGGGUGGGGACCUACCACCAACACUUAUUAGGGGGACUCCGGGCAUUGGCCAGAAAGCCCACUAAUUUGAGUAAGGUAAGUGAGGUUUGCCAGGAAAAAACAGUCUCUGGCUGCAUUUUUGGAGUGAAUCUUGGAAGCCUAUAGAGUUUUCACUCCUAUUGACCCAGAGGCACCCAAAAAUGCAACAGCUUUAAAUCUGGCCUUUGUUUCCCAGUCGGCCCCAGGCAUUUAAAAAAUUACAGAAAUUAGAGGGAUUCGAGGGAAAGAAUAAGACUAAACUCCUAAGCAUAGCCCAGAAAGUUUAUGAUAACUGUGAUCCCCCCCCUCCCCCGAAAAAGUCCUAGCCAAGAAACUGGGGAAAGUCACUAUUGCUGCACUCCAGGCACAAGAGACAGUCCCUCUGGACAGAAAAAGAGAAAGCCGCCUUUUUGGCUUUAAAGAAAGCCUUAGUGUCAGCACCA